UUGGUCCGAUUCGCACUCGCUAGUCUAUAGUAUUUGCUCCCGUACAGUCUGAGGUUUCCACCGCUUGGAGUGCUGUCAGAUAUCACAACCUGGAGUUGUCUCGCUGUGGUUACUCUACCCGACGCCGCUGAAGCAUGUUUUCAGCUCCGGGCCGACCCCUACUUAGUUAGCUCUGUGUAGCCGCUAAUGAGAGCAACCCGGCGGCUACAGCCCGAACACGGAAUGCCCCGGAGAAAGAACAACGGCCAGAGCCCGGCCAGAGUUCCCGACGGGUCGCCAGAGCCCGGAAGCCUCGGCCACAACGGGGGGUAUCAACCACCGGCUCUGUUUGACGAAGCCAUGGCGAACAACUUUCCAGCCAGCAUCUCGCUCCCCAGCUCCGUCAAGGAGAACAUCGUCAAAAGCAUGCAGGAGAUGUUCUCGCAUCUGGACCUCGAAGUUAUAUAUAUUGUGCUGGCAGAAUCCGAUUUUAAAGUUGAACAUGCAAUGGACUCCUUCUUGGAGCUGUCUAAGGCUGCUGAGGUCGCAGGCCCCUCACCUUCCCAUGUGUCCGGCUUUGAGCGCACUGCUGCGUCCCUGCUCAGCCCGUGCCGCUCUUCUGGACAUGGAACAGACUCCUCCAGACCGUCCCUGCUGACCCCCUCUCCUCCCCUCACCAGUCCACUGACAGCGGAGCUGGACCUGCUCGUUGACCAGGAGCUACAGGCACUAACUGCUCGGCGAGGCGGUGAGGAAGAGCAUCGCGGCAGCCAGUAUUUAUCCGUUGGUGUGUCCCUCUCUCCACUGCCGUUCCAGCCGCAGGUCCUCCCUGAGCUGCUUCAGGCCAGCCUGCAAACUGGAUCUGGAGGGGCCUGGGGAGGGGGCCCGGUUGAGCAUUUCUCUGGAACUUCUUCUCCGCUUGACCGGCUCAGCACUUGGGAAGACGACAUCGAUAAGCAGCAGCGGCAGCAGUCGACGGUGGAUUUCACACACCUGAUGGCCGAGUCGCCUGAAGACAAGCCGAAGCCUCCUCUAGACCUGGCACCCUCGGGGCGUCCCUCUGCCUUUCAGGCAUAUAAAAAGAAGCAAGACCCAUUACACACUCUCUCAAGCGAGGCUGGGGUCGUGCCCUCUGAAGCGAUGGUCGGUGGUGCGAGAUCCAAGGUUAACACGUGGAAUCAGGAGCCGCUUGGCCAGAUGUCUUUUCCCUGGAACCUGCAGGCAAACAUUUUCUCUCCUCGGGUCCACGGAAACCAGUGGCCGGCCUUCAUUACCCCUGUUGCUCAGAUGCCGUCGGCCUGGUCCUGCCAACCUAGACUUGCCCCUCCUUGGCCGAGUCAGGGCCCUGUCAGCCGAGCACCUCUCAGACCUGCUGCUACCAUUCGGCAGUCCUGGACCCUGCCCGCCGCCCCGCAUCCUCCCUUCCAGCACAACAGGCUACGUUUGGAAGGGAAGGUCCUUGUGCUGCUCCGCGGGGCUCCAGGAUCUGGCAAGUCGACCUUGGCAAGAGCCUUCUUAGAGCACAACCCAGGUGGAGUGAGACUCAGCACAGACAAUUACUUCACUCGUCAUGGAGUUUAUCAGUUUGACCCCGCUGCUCUUGGGGAGGCCCAUGAGUGGAACCACAAGCAAGCCAAGGAGGCGUUUGAGAGGGCCGCUAACCCCAUCAUCAUUGACAAUACCAACAUGCAGGGCUGGGAGAUGAAACCGUACGUGGCUCAGGCACUGAAACAUGAAUACAAGGUGCUGUUCCGAGAGCCGGACACUUGGUGGAAGAACAAGCCCAGAGAACUGGGGAGACGCACCACACACGAUGUACCAGUGGCAAAAAUCCGACACAUGCUCGAUAACUAUGAGCGCUUCGUCACGAUUAAGUCCAUCAUGGGUUCGCGGAUGCCUGAGAUGAAACAGCGCCUCCUUCUGGAGGACAGCGGCUCGCAACUUGUGAUUUCUAAAACACCUGGUCCUGACCUGGUCGGGCCACCUGGGUUGGGUGAGGGAUGUAAGAAAUCCCGCCCUCAGCUGUACUCCUCCCUCCCCGACGUGUCAUCUUUUGGUCGUUGUAUUGAAGUGGGAAUGCCGGAAGAUGGCGGCCACAAAUCCACGGAGUCCCUCAAUUUCCAACCCACUGGAACUCUCACGCAAAACCCUGCAAUGCCCGACGGGGUGGAUGACAUGGAUUUGGGCGAAUUAGAUUCUGAGUUAGACGCCCACUUGGAGCUGAAUUUUCCAAUAGGAGGUCAGGGAAUCCCAGACUGUAUUGUCGAGUCAGUGAUGAGUGAAGAUCCUCGCGGGGAAGAGCUGCCUGUGGAUUUCUCUGAAUUCAUUGCACAAAGAGUGCAGAGAAUGAGGCCAAGCAGGAGGUCUUGUUUUGACAGGUCGGAGCCUGCAGAUCUGGUGAAAGACACAAACCAAUCAGACAGCCAGGCUCAGGAGGCGAGGGAUGGAGGAGAGGAGGGAAGGCCUCGGAUGUUGGAUUUUGCAGUAGAUUGGCCUUGCGGAGCGUCCCUUGAGCAGCGGCAGGUGAGCAGAAGAGAAGGGCAUAAAGACGGAAACGGGAAGGAAGAUGAAGGCGAGCGUCCUGAGGCUGACAGAAGUACAGCGAAGCUGCAAGCGAGACCCGAUGUGACGGAGUUCCAGAAGCUUCUUGAUCUCAUUCAGACGGGGGCCGCCGACAUACGGAAGGAAUCUUCCUGUUCAUCCUCGCUUUCCCAGGGCUCUGGGAAGGAACUGGAGAAAGAAGAAGAGGUGGAGGUGGCGGUUAACAGCAGCAGAGGGGAGUUGCCCGACUGUGUGUUGGACUGGAAGGUGGCUGACUGUCAGGUCAGAGAAUCGAGAAUUGACCGCUGGGAGGAAAUUGCAAGGGGAAAGGAAGCCAGACACACCACAGGAGGCCAGGAUCAUGUGUUAGAGAUCGGCAGAGAAUCUGUGGAUUUGAAAUUGAUCGUCCCAGUGAAUCCCAUUUCAGCUCUUACUGCUGAUCCGCUAGUCAUCUCUGAAGCUGUGGAGGCAAAUGUGUGUGAUGGCGUGGGAGGCCACAAUGUCGAAGGUGAUGUUGGCGCAAGGCCAGCCUCUCUUCACACUGAUACGGAGAGGACAGAGGAUGGCAGAGAGACUAAAGCUGAUGGGAGUCUCAUUAUCGAGGCCGGCCAGAGUCCUGCGUGGGAGGGCUCUGUGGAGGCCGAAAACAGUGCAUUGAGUGGAGGCAGUCAGGAGAGAAAGCAGCGUCAUGGUCGUAGAUCGGGCAAACAGUGCAAACUGGCGCUCACCUUCACUCAAAACUGCACUGCUCCCUCACAGAGUUCUCUCGAAUGUCCCAAUAGCGCCGCUCAAAGUGUGACCAGCAUUCAGAAUAGCACCAACACGGAACCUGACCGUGGCCUUAAACCUGACCUUGACUUGUCCAGAUCCGACGCUCGCCCGCAGCCUCCAUCCUCGCUUCCCCUGGCAGACACAGGCAGACCCACCCAGACGGAUCCUCAAGACUUUGCCCUUCUCUGGCGUCUAAAUCGGCGAGGCCACCCCGCCACGCAGGGCAUCGCAGUGCUGUACGGCGACUCCUCCCGCUUUGUGCCGGAGCUGUCCUCUGCAGUCUCCGCGGCAGUGGCAGUUCACCCGUCCACACACAGGGAGGUGCCCUACCACGUGGCGCAUGAGAAGGGCACGCAGGUAGAGGAGAAGGAGCUCGGAGCAACUCAAGACCGCCUGGAGAGCCUGCGCAUCCUCAGCCGCCAUUUCAAACUGGUUAGUUUUGAUACGCUGGAAGAUCUGUACGAGAAAUGCCACCAGGACCUCGAGUGGACGACCAACGUGCUGCUGGACUCUGGAGAGAGGUUCUUCAGAGAGGAGGAUGGGGAGGAGGAGGAGGAGGGGGGGGAGGAGGACGCUGGAGGUGAGCGGAACACGUCCAGUCUGUGUGGAGCUUUAGAAACACCUGAAGGGACCAGUUUACAUCCUAAUGUCCCAGUUGAGCAUUGCCCCGAAGGUUGGCCACAGAGAGAACCGGCUGGGUUUGAGGAGGUGUCUCUGCAGUCUGCAGUCAGUGAGUCAGAUGAGAGCGCUGGCAAUACCGACGCGCAAAUGUUUGGAGGUGCCGCUGUUCCAGUUAGAAACCAAGAUCCUCCUGAUGCAAACGCAUCUCAAGGGCAUCUGAGUGCAGCUCCCCCAGAAAGCUUUGCUUGGGUUGGAAGCUUCGAUGAUGCCGUGGUAAUUGAAGAGUCCAGAGUUGAGAUGGAGGAGGAGAUCGCCAGCAUCGACGAGGUCCACCGGCUGCUGCAGGCCGAGCUGGAGGAGAUGGAGAGGGAUCAAAAGGAGGAGGAGGAGAAGUGGGCCGGAAAGAGGCAUGCGGAGGAGAGGAUGAGCCAACACCUGGACAUCCAGAGUGUGGAGCUGAAACUACCCACUGAAGUGGCACUGCAGCUAAUUGAACUGUUCGGCCCCGUCGGAACAGACCCAGGUGCAUGCUCGGCUGAUGAGUAUGCAGUGCAGAUGGAUCUGAGCCUGGCCAAACUGCUCCACCAGAAGUGGAAGGAAACUGUUCAGGAAAAGCAAAGACAAGCAACUCUUUCCUUUCACUUGCUUCAGGAGAGGCAACACCAUCCUCAUCAAAUACGCCGAUGACACCACCGUCCUGGGGCUCAUCAAGGGGAGCGGGGAUGAGUCGGGCUACAGGACCCUGGUGAACAACAUCCUGGUCUAUGGAGAGGAGAACGACCUCAUCCUCAACACAAACAAGACCAAGGAAAUAAUACUGGACUUCAGGAAGAACCCUCCCCCUCUACAGCCUCUCAUCAUCAAAGGGACUGAGGUGGAGAGGGCUGACGGGUACAGAUUCCUGGGAAUGCAGGUGACAUCUGACCUGAGCUGGACUCUUCACACCACAGCCACGGUGAAAAAGGCCCAGAAAAGGCUUUAUUUCAUCAGGAUGCUCAGGAAAGCUGGUCUGAACCAUCGCCCUCUCACCCAGGCCUAUAGAGGACUGAUAGAGAGCAUCCUCACCGCAGGCAUCACUGUGUGGUAUGGAAACACCACCCAGGCAGAGAGGAAGGCUCUGCAAAGAGUCAUAAGGACCGCGGAGAGGAUCACAGGGACACAACUUCCGUCCAUGGACUCUAUGUAUGUGCAGCGCUGUCGGAAAAGAGCAGAGGGAAUCAUUGGAGACUCACUUCAUCCAGCUCACUCUCUGCUCAGACACAAACACUGCACAUACAACCUGAGACACAGAGCGGACAGCAUCGUCACCCACAGGACACGCUUCUUCAACAGCUUCUUCCCUGCCACAGUCAGACUGAUGGCACAACACAGCUACUGAGAAAGAGGCACUCCUUGAAACUGUGAAAAAUGUGCAACACUACAAUCAGUGCAAUAGCCCCACACAACCUUCCCCCAACAUCUGAACAUGUGCAAUAUCCCCAUAUCACUGUCCCCUCCCCCUCCUUCUUUCCUUUUACAAGCCAGGUACAGCACUAGCCUACUUACAUACUUAUUACUGUUUAUACUGUAAAUAUUGCAUACAUACACAUUACCACACUAUGUACAGUGUGUUUUUUGUACGGUGUUUUUUGAGAUAUGUUUCAUAUUUCUAUUAUUAGUUGGAAUGCUUCAGCAGUCCAACUCUUGUUCUUGUCAUCUUUAUUAAACUUCUUCAUCUUCUUCUAUUUCUUCCGUACCUUUUUUGUCCCUCUUCUUCUCCUUCAUAUAUUCAGCUAUUUAAACAAUUCAAAUAUUAAAAAAUUCAGCUUCUUCAGGAAUAGAGUGGAAUGACUCUUCAUAUUUCAAAUGUUUGUAUAUUUAAAUACUUUUAUAUUCUUUUGAAUUCAUCAGUUCCUAUGGAGAAAAUAUUCAACUUUAAAAAGCUUACAGUAUCUUCAUAUUCUCAGCAAAGUCAGCUAUUUAAUUUUUCUUAUGUUCAGAUAGCCUUCAGCUAUUAUUGUAUAUUUUUUAUCUUUUCAAAUUUUCAAAUUAUUAAUUUUUUUAUGGAAUAAAUAAUGAAUGGGAUCCAAUGGGGGAAAUCUUCAAAUCCGCUUCAACUUGUUCAAAUUUAAAAGCUUACAAUAUCGGCAAACAUUCAGCUAAAGAAACAAUUCUACCUUUAAAAUGUUGACAGAAGUGUUAGCUAUAACUUUAUAAUUCAUCUUCUUUUGAUAACUCUUAUUGUUACUAUUUUAGUUUUAUGUGUUUUUCCGCUCCUCUUGGACUUUACAAUGGGUGUGUGUGGGACCUUAGAGCUGUGACGUCAUCGCUAGAGGGGACAGCUGCGUCAGGAUCAAGCGGAAAUUAUUUUUGUAUAUCGUCACUACGACCACAAUUAUUACUCUUUAGGCAUAAUUUUUUGAUAAAGUAGUAGGGAAUCUUGUGCUUGUCGUAGACAUGUGACUAUGGAAUCCAACAGUUUCCCAGAUUUUUCUAGAGAAGCCUUAAAGAGGGAGGAAGUCCACCUUUCUCCUCAGUCAUCUCCAUUGAAAACCUGACGACAUUUUUACUUUUUUGAAGCAAGCAGGAACAUUUUCUGAACUGCGAUUAAACUCUUAUUUCUAAACCUAAAAAAUAUUUAAGGACAUGUAAACGUUCACACAUGCCUUGAGCAUCUCCUAAUGUAGACGUCUUUAGGAUCAGAUUUAUGGUUCUCUCUCAAAUCCAAAUGUUCUGCCAGGUUGCUUUCAACAGAAUCUGAGCUGUCUGUCUCUCAGUCACACAGGUGUUUCACGUUAGGCUAAUCAGUGGCGGAUCUCACACACAGUCUUGUUUAUCAUACAUUUUGAACCCCCCACACAGACUAACGUUUGUGCGCGCGCGUGUGGCCGCGCGCUCGCGCGUGUGUCUAUAUAUGGAGAGAUAUUAGAAGAGAACAAGCAUUAGAGUUUCUCAGGUCUCAUUUAACCCACAAAAAUAUCAAACAUAUCGGCGCGUUCGGCUCAAUCUUUCCUCUCUAUUGAUUCUACCAUGUUGGUGAUUUGAUCAUGUUUUUUUUGACAGGGUUUAACAAAUGCUUUGUAGACAAUCCACUCAGUGUUUAGAUCUCGUCUAUCCUUCACCCUGGAUUCUCCCUCUCUUUUUUCAUUUAUUUUUCUCCUGUCUCAAUUUAUUUAGUUAUUUUUCUCUCUGGUUCUCAUGUCUGACUUUCCCCCCUCUCUCUUAUUUCUUGGUUUGUGAUUCAUAUCUUUGAAUAUUUAGAAAAUAAAGUUUUGCUUAUCUUUUCCAGUUAUACAUUUCCACCCAAUAUGUUUGUGCUUCAACAUUUUCAGCAGGAAGUUUUCCUUUUUGAUAUGUUCAGAUGUUUAAGCUAUGUUCAGCCUAUUAUCUGUUGGCAGCUAUUUUAAGCUAUGUUCAGCUUUAAACAUUUUUUUAUUUCAGCUAAAUUCAGACAUUUUCAAUUAUUCAUUUCAUAUUUCAGCUAUUUCCAGACAUUUUCAGUUAUUCAUUUCAUAUUUCAGUUAUUUUCAGCUAAAUUCAGAUAUUUUCAGUUAUUCAUUUAAUAUUUCAGCUAUUUCCAGGUAUUUUCAGUUAUUCAUUUAAUAUUUCAGCUAUUUCCAGAUAUUUUCACUUAUUCAUUUCAUAUUUCAGCUAUUUCCAGAUAUUUUCAGUUAUUCAUUUCAUAUUUCAGCUAUUUCCAGACAUUUUCACUUAUUCAUUUCACAUUUCAGCUAUUUCCAGACAUUUUCAGUUAUUCAUUUCAUAUUUCAGCUAUCUUCAGCUAUUUUCAGCUUUAAAAAAAAGAUAUUUCAGCUAAUUUCAGACAUUUCCAGCUAUUUCCAGACAUUUUCAGUUAAUCAUUUCAUAUUUCAGCUAUGUUCAACAUUUUCAGUUAUUCAUUUCAUAUUUCAGCUAUUUUCAGACAUUUUCAGUUAUUCAUUUCAUAUUUCAGCUAUUUUCAAACCUUUUUCAGCAAUUUUGUUUUUAUUUUUCAGCUUCAAGCUUUCAAAUGUUAGCAUUCCAACGCAUUUUCAGAAGGAAAUGCAUUUUCUAGUUGUUACUGUUACUGUUAUUAUAGUGUGUUUUGUACCUCUUGACUCGGAGAACCCUGCAAAAAUAAUUCCGAUGUGUCUGGACUGCUGGUCUAGGCACAGAUGGCAAAUAAAAAACCUUAAACCUUAAA